GGGGGGGGGAGAAUGGCAGUAGAGGGAGUGAAGAUUCCAAAAAGGGAAGAGGCAAGAAUUAGAAGGGUCUGGAGCAAGGAAGUGGGUAGGGGAGAUUUCUGCAGAGGCCUACCAGUACUUCAUCAGCCAGACCGGAAGACAGAAAAGAGGCCAGAGACAGGGGAAGGAAUAGAAGGAAGUAACCACAGAAUUUAGCAACUCUGGAGUUUCUAGUUGCUUCUUGGGUAUAAAAUAAGUUUCAGAUGCUGGAGAUGGGAUAUCACCCACCAUCUGUAUCUACCAGUUGCCUGUAACUUGGAUACCAAGUUCUGACCUUCAACUAUGUUGAACACCUCUUAUGAUGCCAACUUUUCUUGCUACCACCCAUCAGUAGUGGGCUAUCGUUACUUCGCUGUAAGCUGGGGCAUAGUGGUGGCAGGGACUGGUACAGCCGGCAACCUGCUUACUCUGAUGAUCCUGGCUGCCCAGCCCAAGCUCCGUACUCACUUCAACCUUCUCAUUGCCAACCUCACCUUGGCUGAUCUCAUCUACUGUGCUCUACUGCAGCCAUUCUCAGUGGACUCCUACCUCUAUCUUCGUUGGCGCACUGGGGCUACAUUUUGCCGGGUCUUUGGUCUCCUUCUCUUUGCCACCAACUCUGUCUCCAUUCUCACCCUCUGCCUCAUUGCCUUUGGCAGAUACCUUCUCAUAGCUCACCCUACCCUCUUCCCCCGAAUCUUUACAACCAAGGGAGUGGCACUGGCAUUGGUAGGUACGUGGGUGGUGGGAGUGGCAAGCUUUGUCCCACUCUGGCCCAUCUAUAUCCUGGUGCCCGUUGUCUGUACAUGUAGCUUUGAUCGCAUCCGGGGCCGUCCUUAUACCACCAUCCUAAUGGGCAUCUACUUUGUUCUUGGGCUUAGUUGUGUUGGCAUUUUCUACUGCCUCAUUCACCGUCAAGUGAGGCGAGCAGCCCAGGCACUGGACCAGUACAAACUUCGCCAGGCCAGUCUCCGAGCUGGACAUGUGGCUGGGGCUGGAGAAGCCCUACCUGGACACUUUCAGGAGCUGGACAGUGGUGUGGCAUCAGGGACAGCCAGUGAGGGACCAUCCUCUGAACCGGGCAGUACUGCAACCACUCAGACCCUGGAGAGUGACUCAUCCAAGAUAGGAAGCCACGAAAACAAAAGAGAGUCCAGGAUAGCAAAGAGCAGACAAGGGGUGGCCACCAGCCUGCCAUCUGCUAAAGCCACUAGGAAGGCCCAGGAUGGCCCAUCAGAGUUUGGAAAGGUCACCCGGAUGUGUUUUGUUGUAUUCCUCUUUUUUUCCCUCAGUUACAUCCCUUUUCUACUUCUGAAUAUAUUUGAUGCCCAGGUUCAGGCCCCACGAGUCCUGCACAUGCUUGCUGCCAAUUUUACCUGGCUCAAUGGCUGCAUCAACCCUGUGCUGUAUGCAGCCAUGAACCGUCAGUUCCGUGAGGCAUAUGGGUCUGUCCUGAGACGGGGCCCCCAGAGUUUCCGAAGGCUCCGGUAACACUUCAGGCACUGGCAGGAAAUGGAUCCCACCUAUACCACUAACAAAAUGGACAUCCUGGCCAUGGGUUCAAGCAGGCUGUGUGGGCAUCUUCAAGGACUGGGUCCCUUCUGUGCCCAUCUCUCCUGCUCCCCCAUCCUCACCCCUUGUCUCUCCUCUGAAGAGGAACCAGGGCUGGGACUCCAUCGGCCUCAAAAUUGGGAAGGCUGAGUUUCAGGUCUGACCCUGAGACCAGGCCUUUCCCUUUCAUUUCUCUAGUGGCCUAAGGAACCUCUAAGGGCCCUACAAGGGAAAAGACAGCCAGGAUCUAUAACCAGAAGAUUUCAAAGCCUAAUUAAAGUUCAUUUGCAUCCAGU